AUGAGCAAACAAAGAGAUAUUGCUGCCUAUCUCUCCUCAAGUAUUCAGAGAAGAGGGAUCAACGUGGAUGCUGAGAAGGUGCAGGAGGGAAAUGAAAGACUACAUCCAUCACAGAGCAAAAAUGAAGAAAAAGCAGUGAAGAAGCAAGAGCAAAAAUAA